AUGGUAGUCGCUGCCGAUAUCAUGGGUCCGUUCCCGCGUAGUAAGUCCGAUCAUCAGUAUGUUUUCGUGGUUCAAGAUCUUUUUACUAAGUGGAUUGAGUGUAGCGCAAUACAGGCCGCGAACGGUCAAAAGAUUUGCGAAAUGUUGAGUGACGUCAUCUCGCGUUUGGGCGCGCUGAGGUUUUUGCUGACGGACAAUGGAACGGAGUUUAUUAAUCGGACUUUGAAAGCGUUCGCGGACGAGCAUGGAAUUACCCACACGACCAUCCCUCCGUAUCACCCGCAAGCGAACUCCGUGGAGCGCGUAAAUCAAGUACUAAAGACGAUGAUAAUAGCCUUCCUAGAGCGGGAUCAUCGAGAAUGGGACCAACACCUUAAAGAUUUCCGCUUCGCAUACAAUACCGCACACCAUUCAGCCAUAGGCGCGUCACCGGCUUUGUUAAAUCUUGGCCGUGAGUUGUCGCCGGCAAAUUCGUUGCGCGCUCGGAACACGGAAACCGCGGAGGUCGAAACACGGGAUCCCGCGGAAUGGUCGGAGCGAAUGCAGAAUUUGCAGUCAUUGCAAGCGUGGGUGUCGGAGAAUUUGGAGCAGGCGUACCAAAAGCAGUCAUUGCAGUAUAACCUUCGACGACGCGACCGUACUUUUCGCGUAGGAGAUUUAGUCUUGAGACGACAACACGUAUUGUCGUUUGCGGCGCAAAACGUAGCCGCAAAAAAAUUGACACCGAAAUUCCACGGCCCGUUUAGGAUUAAAAAGCGAUUGUCGCCCGUAGUAUGCGAGCUUGCGAGUUUGGCCGGAAUCCCGGUUGGAAAAGUUCAUGUUAAAGAUCUAAAGCCCUAUCACCCUCCUGAUCCUUCAUAG